AUGAGCGCGACCGCGACGGCGACAGCGACAGCAACAGCGACGAUAACAGCAGCGACAACGACGACAAUGACGACGACGACAGCUGGGAUGGCGACGAAUAUGCCGGCGAAUAACCCCGCUUCAACGUCGGCAUCGACACCAACAGUGACGACAACAGAACAAUUAACACCGAGCACGUUAUGCAUGGCAUGUCAGUCCAUUUUCAGACCCGACACAAUGCGAAGCGACUCGGGUGAGGUUGGGCACCACGACCUUGAGGCUCUGGCUGCACGAGCGUCAAAGUGCCAUUUGUGCCUGACCGUAUUCAUGAGCAUCGAUCCCGAAGCGUAUCGAAAUUUCAGACGCGCCUCAAGCCAGGAGAGCGUGGGAUUUGCAUGGAUCAGCCCGAUCGCACGGGAUCAAGCACGCCUAAAAUUCCGAUACGUGAGGCCUGGAGGCAUGGACCGAGAGAGUUCAAACGGAAGCAGUGCCAAUUUGAGUCUGCGCUCGACGCUGGUGAGUGGAGGAGCAGGAGGAGGAGCAGACAGCGCAACUGAGCGAGGCGAAUCGGUCUUGGGUGUUGAAUUAAUAUUGAUGAAUCCAAAAUACGCUGUCGAGCCUGGCGUGCGAACAAUCGAUCCGCAAAGCAUAAGCACGGCGUCUAACGAGAGCUUCGACCUGGCCCGGCAAUGGAUCCAGGACUGCAUGUUCAACCAUAUGAGAUGCUCUGUGUCGGAAAUCAAUGCGGCGUGGAAGCCGACACAUCUUCUGGAUGUCACAGUCCGGGGACCCAAAGGGGCGCCGGGGGUCAAACUCGUCGACGGCAUGUUUCUGGACCCGUUGAGCGAGUACGUCACGCUCAGCCACUGCUGGGGCUCGUCGAAGCCGGUCCGGCUGCACAAGGGCACGCUCCCGGCGCUGCGGCAGGGAGUCAGCGUGUCCAGCCUGCCCAAGACCAUCGCCGAGGCGGCCGUGGCGACGGAGCGGCUGGGAUUUCGGUACCUCUGGGUCGACGCGCUGUGCAUCAUGCACGACAAUGAGGCGGCGGUGCUCAAGGAGAUCAGCCAGAUGCACAAGGUGUACAGCGAGGCGUCGCUCAACAUCUCGGCGACGAGCUCGCGCGACGACGCGGGCGGGCUCGUCUACACUCGCAACGUGACGGCGCUGCACCCGUGCAUCGUCGAGGUCAACGGCAUGGGCAUCGACAACGGCACGUACAAGAUCCUCCGGUCCACGCUGUGGCACGACCUGGUCGACUCGAGCCCGCUGAACCGGCGCGCCUGGGCGUUCCAGGAGCGGUGCCUGGCGAAGCGCACGCUGCACUUUACGCGCAAUGAGCUACUCUGGGAGUGCCAGCAGAUGUGCUGCAGCGAGGUAUUCCCCAAGGGCAUGCCGGCCAACUCGGGCCCGCCCAGCAGCCUCGAGAGCGUCGAGUUCUUCAGCAAGCGCGUCCACCACCAGCGCCACGGCAACUGGCACCAGCUGGUCAACAUGUACAGCGCCAAACGCAUGACGUACAGCUCGGACAAGCUGCUCGCCAUCGCCGGCCUGGCGAAGCAGUACAUGGCCCGCAACCGGCUUCGCGAGGAGGACUACGUGGCGGGAAUGUGGAAGCCGCACUUGCCACACGGCUUGCUGUGGCGCGUCGAGCGCGGCCGCCGACCCACCAAGUACCGGGCGCCGACGUGGGCCUGGGCCUCGAUCGACGGCGAGGUCAAGUACCCUGAGCCGGCGCAGAAUUCGCGGGACACGUGCGUCGAGGUCAUCGACCUGGACGUGCGGUGCAGGGCCGACGACAACUUUGGGCUGGUCGAGCCGGGGGCCCGGAUGAAGGUGCGAGGCUUCCUGGCGCGCGGGCUGCUGCGGCGCACCCACGACUACUGGGGCCAGACCCCCUGCGUGAUCCAGUGCACCCGGGCGCAGGUCGAGCUCGAGUCGGCGAGCUUCGACGACCGCCUGCCGAAGCUGUCCGAGGCGUCUUCGGGCAUGCUGACGGAAAUGCUCGAGGUGUACAUGUUGCCCAUCAUUGACGUCGUCGACCGCGUCGAGGGCCUGCUGCUCUGCGCGACCAUGAAGAGAGGCGAGUUUAGACGCAUAGGCGCCUUUGACGUCUCGAGGUACGACCAGAUCAACUGGGACCGCUUCCGGAGUGUCAUGAAGGGAGAGGCCGAGAUGAGUAAUUACGAAGAGAGACUGGACCAUACGAAUGGAUAUUGGUUUGCGAGCGAUUACACGUAUACCAUCAAUAUCGUGUAG